ACUCGUCUAGUGAUUUUGUGUGUUUGCACUCCCAACGUAUGCAUUAAUCCUUCGUUUUGGCAAAUCCUGUCAAUUCUAGUACCACACUAUCAGGCUGCUUGGAUUACAUAACAUCGAUUGGUAAUAACCCCGGGCUCUUCGUUGUGGCAUUUGGCAUACUUGGCAGGUUCUUUUUCUUCAAACUUCACCCUCGUUUAUUCUGCACCAUGAUCGACAAAGAAACAAAAUACGACCGUCAAUUGAGGUUAUGGGCGUCCACAGGGCAGGCCAAUCUUGAGAACUCUCACAUAUGCUUGAUCAACGCCUCGGCGACGGGGUCAGAAAUCCUCAAGAAUCUAGUUUUGCCAGGAAUCGGUGAGUUCACCAUCAUUGACGACAAAGUGGUAUCCCCCCAAGACUUGUCAGGGAACUUCUUUUUGAAGAGAGAAAACUUGGGUCAAGACAUUGCCACCAGCAUUACCAGCAACUUGUCCGAACUCAACACCGAUGUGAAAGGACAUGCCAUCAAUCAAUCAAUCAAACAUCUCAUUACUAAGGUGGAGAGCCUGUUCUGGGACCAGUUCAACGUGGUGAUUGUUUCUGACUACUCCCCCGAAUUGGAUGUGGUCAAGGAUUUGUUAUGGGACAAGAGAAUCCCGUUGUUGAUCGUGAACUCAGUGGGUUUCUAUGGCUCCUUGAACCUCAUAGCGAACGAAGUGACAGUCAUCGAAACCCACGACCCAUCUAGGUUAUAUGACUUGCGUAUCGACUGCCCAUGGCCAGAACUUCAAGAGCACGCGGACUCCAUCGACUUGAAUUCCUUGUCUGAUCAAGAUCAUGCCCAUGUCCCUUACAUUAUAAUAUAUAUCAAAGUAUUGCAGGCUUGGAAACAGGAACAUAACAACUUGCCACCCCAAAAUUAUGGCGAAAAGAAAUUAUUCCGUCUUCUAAUUGAAUCAUACUCGAGAAACAUUAAAAUCGAGGCAAAUUUCACCGAGGCCUCAAACUCAAUUCAUCGUGCAUUACAAGUAACUCAAAUACCCAACUCCAUAUCGAAAUUGUUUGAAAAUUCAAAUAUAAAAGAUGAAAACUUGAGUUUGACAACUCCCAUUUUUUGGAUCUACAUCAAGGCAUUGAAAAAUUUCGUCCAUUUAAACAACAACCAACUCCCUUUGCCAGGAAACUUACCCGACAUGGCUUCGGACACCGCGGGUUACAUCAAGUUGCAAAAUAUUUAUCGUGCAAAGGCAUUAAAAGAUCAAGAAUUGUUUACUCAUGAAGUACAAAAGAUUCUUGAUUCCAUAGGAAGAUCUCACGAUGAUGUCAAUACUGAGUCAAUUGCAAGUUUCUGUAAAAAUUCUCAAUUGUUAUACGUGAGUCAAGGCUCAAAAGAACUCUAUGGUACAAGUUUACUUCAAGAGUUAUUGCAUUCAGAACAAGCAUCCGAAAAUUACAAUGCCCUCGGUGUGUACUUCUCCAUUCUCACCUAUAAUGCAUACAUUGAAAAAUUCAAUUCCAAACCUUCAAUUCAAGACCUCGAAACCUUUUCUGACCUAUUCUUUCAAAAGUUUUCUAUUGACAAAGCUGAGGUCCUCCCAGAAUCAAUACUUAACACUUUCAAAGAGGUGUUAAGUCAUAACACACAAAAUUACCAUAAUCUUAAUAGUUUGAUGGGUGGUAUAGUCAGUCAGGAGGUUUUGAAAUUGGCUACAUCCCAAUAUACCCCACUCGAUAAUUUAUUCGUGUUCGAUGGAAUACGGUCGUUCAGCGAGAAGUGGAAAAUUUAAGCUCUUAAGGCCCAAUUUGCAUUGAGAAUUGCUGAAGACUUGCAGAUAUCAUUACUGGGAUUUACCACUGUCAUACGAUUUUUUUGAAAAAACACGUAUGUUAUCAUUAAAUACGUAGGAUUUCUUAUAUACCCGUUGUUAAUAAUUAACAAUAGCCAACCUCGUACAAAGGUCUCUUUUCGCUGCAAUUAAUAUACGAAUGGU